ACUACAAGCCGACUUGACCCAAUCUAGUCUUUCUUCACAUGUGUUUAUAUUCUUCUCUACUUGUGUACAAUGGAGCAUAAAACAAGCAGAUCAACAACUGGUCUUUGGACUGGGAGAGAUUUCACUCGCUUCAGUUGCAAACAAACAGCCCACGAAAUGGCAAGCGCGUAUCGAACAGACACGGAAGUAGUAAAACCAGCAACUGGUCCUGCACCCCCACUAUCAACAAUGUCGAAAGUUGAAACAACAAAAAUCCGAAAACGUGAAGUGGUCUCAGAACUUCGUGAACACAUUUUAAUUGUGACUAUCAAUAGACCCCAAAGCAGAAAUGCUCUAAAUCGAAAUGCCAUCUACGAUCUUAUAGCAGCAUUUGCCGAUGCAACCUAUAACAAAGACAUCAAAGUGGUUGUGCUCACUGGGUGUGGUGACAUAUUCAGUGCAGGCAAUGACCUCAAGCAAAUACAGGAUUAUCCAAGUCCCGAGGAUUAUUUUUAUGGGGCAAAUUACAUAUUAAAAUCCUUGAUUAAAUCAGUGCUGGUUUGUCCCAAGCUUACAGUGUGCUUGGUCAAUGGACCCUGCAUUGGUAUAGGCUUCACAUUGGCAGCUCUAUGUGACUUGGUCUAUUGCAGCCGUGCGGCUUAUUUCCAUACACCCUUCUCCCAGCUGGGACUAUGUGCUGAAGCCUGUUCGUCCUAUACUUUUCCCCAGCUCUUUGGCACAUCCUGGGCCAGCAAGCUAUUGAUGUUGGGUGAAAAACUCACUGCCGAGCAGGCCCAUCAAUUUGGCUUUGUCGUCGAGCUCUAUGAUAGCCAACAAGAAGUACAAGAGAAAUUUUGGCCUAAAAUGCAUGAAUAUACUCGACUACCAUAUGAAUCGUUGCAUGCGACAAAGCAGUUGAUGCGUUUGCAUAGACAACCGCAGCUAUUGAAGGCAUUGGAUGAGGAACUAAAGCAAAUUGCCAAGUUGCGUCAGGGACCGGUUUACCGCAGAGCCAUCGAAGAGUUUUCCAAAAAGUCUAAGAGUAUUAAUAAGAGCAAACUUUAAUUAGAAAUUUUUAAUUAAUCCUAAUAGAAGUUUUUUAAAGCAAAA